GCUGCCCUGCAGGGGAGACCUCUGAGCCUGGGCUCAGCCCUCUCCCCCAAAAAUCCCAUCCUGACUGCUGGGACGAGGUCUUGGAAGAGCUGCUGGAGUUACUGAAGGAGAGAAUAUUUAUCAGGAGUGAUUAAAGACAAUGAAUCCAGACUUUUUAAAUGCAUUUACACAGCCUUCUACGCUUGAUCAGUUCUUAACUGAGGAUGCCAUCACUAAAGGUGAGAAGAGGAAACUCAUAAAACAGACUUCAAACAACCCCAAACUGGAAGAAUUGAAACUGUUCUUGACUGAGUGGAUUAACAGAACUCUGAAAGAGGAACACAUAAUAGUUAAAAGUCUGGAGGAAGACCUGUAUGACGGGCUGGUACUUCAUCAUCUCCUGGAAAACUUAGGAUCUCUGAAGCUGGAUGUUGACAAGAUUGCAUUAACAGAAAAAAAGCAGCGGCAGAAACUCUCUGUGAUUCUGGAAGCUGUGGCCAAGUGUUUGCAACUGGAAGAAAGUCAGCUGAAAUGGAGUGUGGAAUCUAUCCUGGGAAAGGAUUUACUGAGCACACUGCAUCUUCUGGUUGCAAUAGCAAAGCACUUUGAACCCACCCUGGCUCUGCCUCCAAACGUUCAAGUGGAGACAGUCACCAUCGAGACCACCUCUGGAGGAUUAAAGACAUCAAAUGCAGUGGAAUAUAUCACAGAAAAAAAAGAGAAUAUAGAAGCGCAGACAAAAGGUGAUGCCUUUGAUGAGUUAUUUAACUGUGCUCCAGAUAAACUGGAUACUGUAAAAAAGGCACUUCUACAAUUUGUUGACCAGCAUGUUGGAAAAUUAGGAUUAAAUGUGAAAGACAUCGAAUCUCAGUUUUCAGAUGGGGUUAUCUUACUUCUCUUAAUUGGACAACUAGAGGGUUACUUCCUGAAUUUAAGGAAUUUCUUCCUGACUCCAGCCAGCACCAUGGAGAUGCUCCACAAUGUUAACCUGGCAUUGGAGCUGCUAGCAGAGGGAGGUCUUCUGAAUUUUCCUGUGAACUCUGAAGAUAUUGUGAAGGGAGAUACGAAGGCUAUAAUGCGAGUUCUCUACUGCUUGUAUUCCAAAUACAGAACCAAAGAAGCAUGAAGAACAAGACCAAGAGCUCAAGCUGUCCUUUUUGUUUGUUUGUUUUUCACCCCUAGCAGGCCAUGGUAUGAUUUUUGGACUCCCAGCUCUGUUUGCCACUGUUUCUGGCAUGCACUGGUGUUUGACACUUGAUGUAUUAACAUUGUACAGCAAAUAUGUUGUUCAUGCAAGGUUUCACAUACACAGCCUGGCUGCAGCUCUUGUUCCAGAUCCUGCCUUCUGUUUUCUCUGAGCCCCACCAGUGCUGCAAAGAAAUUAAAUGUGUGUUUAUUCUGGGCCCUGCAUUCUUUGCUCCUGAAGGUGACCUUGAAAGUUGCUGCAUCCUCCCCAUUUCCCUGCUUUGGGAAGUCUUUUGGGAAGCUAGAGAGGAGAAAGACCCACCAGAGUGGGAAGGCUGAGACACACCUGAAGUUCAAAGCCUGCUUUAGAGAGGUGGCCAGUACUGUCAGACAAGAGGAUGUGAAUUGGAUGAAUAGGGAGCAAUAUGAAAUCUGAACUUACCAGGUGUUUGAUAAACGUUUCAGUGCUCAUUUGCUCGAAUAUGGAAAAGGCACUCAGCACAAUAUGCUGGUGUGAGACUGUGCAGGAACAGGGGCUUCUCUGCACAGCUGUAGAAGGUUCCCCUUAUUUCCUUGCUAAGCCAGUGACAAACCUUGUCCAGCUCCAAUUGCAGCUGUGACACAAACUCUGGCUAGCAGGCUGCCAAUCCCUGCCAAGCACGUUGUGAGAGGGAGUCACACAUCUUCACUUUGUCUACAGUAAGAGGUGGGCAGUGCUGGCUGGGCUCUGCAGCUGGUGCAGGUAGAGGCCACUACAGGUGGGAGCAGUGAAUUCAGCUUCCCACCACCUCUGACAGCUGAGUCAUCUCAGCCUCCUCAGGCUCUCCUAGGUGAAUUUGUCCAGCCUCCAUCCCCAGCCUCCCAGCAGUUUCCUCUGGAUGCAUCAAGGUAGCCACAAUUCAUUAAUGGUCAGAACUCCUUUCAAAACCUCCUUCUGCUCUCUUGACCUUAA